AUGCCCCACGUUCCUCUGUCACCUCUCCUCCACGCCCCAAACCCUCCGUCAGUACCGGCCUCGCCGUCGUUCCAUCGGUACUUGUAUGGCGGCCCCCCUGUGCAGCGUCCAUGGGAGCUGGUGACGCCUCCCGCCCAGCCUCCUCCCCCUGCCGUGGUUCCUGGUGAGCCCCCAACUCGCAUCGAGCAGCGCGUGAUGCACGUGGGGACUUGCUUGACGCUCCUUUCGAAUGUGCUCGACCAGCUUCACGUGACCCUGGUGCGGCAGGAGGUGCAGAUCGAGGCGAUGCAGCCGGCGGAGCACUCGGCGGCAGUGUCAGCAGCGGAGGAGUUGCAGCAUUACCUCUCUCUGAUUGGCUUUGUGCCAGGCUCCCCUGGGGCUGCCCUCGGGCCCGGCCCUGGAGCUUUGGCGUGGCUUGCCGAGUCUGCCCGGGGGGACCUGCUCGACCUUAUGGCAGCAGCCAUGUCCGGUGAGCUCGUGUCUGACGAAUUGGUGGUGGGCAUUAUCAAGGAAGCGGUCAAGCAGCCGUCCUGCAGCAAGGGUUUCAUCCUUGACGGCUUCCCUCGCACGGUCGUGCAGGCAGAGAAGGUGAGUGAAGCCAAAUCGUUCUUACUGGUAGCACAUAUCCGCCCACAUUCUUAUCACGCUUGCAUUCAACAACAGCUUGACUCGAAGGGUCAGAAGAUAGGUCAAAUGCUCAACUUCUAG